GCUGAGAGCGCGUGAUGUUCCUGCGCAUGAGCACGCUGUGCGCCACCGCUCUGCCAGCCUCUUACUCCCGGGACUGAAGCUCCGCCGCCACGCUGCAUUUGAGCCGGAAGCGGGAAAGACCGUGGAUAACGGGUUGCAAAGCUGUGGUGGGGAGGAGGCCAGAGGAGCGUGGAUUUGGGCUGCAGCCCCUGCCGCUUCCAGAGAGACUACUUUGGCUGUCAGAGCGCGGCGAUACUAAUGUUCUGAAAUCCUGAACCAUGAGUUUAGCACUUAAUGAUCUGCUUAUUUGCUGCCGACAACUAGAACAUGAUAGAGCUACAGAACGAAGGAAAGAAGUUGAGAAAUUUAAACGCCUGAUUCGGGAUCCUGAAACAGUUCAACAUUUAGAUAGGCAUUCAGAUUCCAAACAAGGAAAAUAUUUGAAUUGGGAUGCUGUUUUUAGAUUUUUGCAGAAAUACAUUCAGAAAGAAACAGAAUGUUUGAGGACAGCAAAACCAAAUGUAUCAGCCUCAACACAAACCUCCAGACAGAAAAAGAUGCAAGAAAUCAGUAGUUUGGUCAGAUACUUCAUCAAAUGYGCAAAUAAAAGAGCACCCAGACUAAAAUGUCAUGAACUCUUGAAUUAUAUCAUGGAGACAGUGAAAGAUUCAUCCAAUGGUGUUAUUUAUGGAGCUGAUUGUAGCAACAUACUACUCAAAGAUAUUCUUUCAGUGAGAAAAUACUGGUGUGAGAUAUCACAGCAACAGUGGCUAGAAUUAUUCUCUGUGUACUUCAGGCUGUACCUCAAACCUUCCCAAGAAAUUAAUAGAGUUUUAGUGGCUAGAAUAAUUCAUGCUGUUACCAAAGGAUGCUGUUCACAAACUGAUGGAUUAAAUUCUAAAUUUUUAGAUUCUUUCUCCAAGGCUGUUCAGUAUGCAAGACAAGAAAAGAGUUCUGCAGGUCUUGGUCAUAUCUUAGCAGCCCUUAUUAUCUUUCUCAAAUCCUUGGCUGUCAACUUCCGAAUUCAAGUAUGUGAAUUAGGAGAUGAAAUUCUGCCUACCUUACUUUAUGUUUGGACUCAACAUAGAUCUAAUGAUUCCUUAAAAGAAGUAAUUAUUGAAUUAUUUCAACUGCAAAUUUAUAUCCAUCAUCCAAAAGGAGCCAAAAUCCAGGAAAAAGGUGCUUAUGAAUCAAUAAAAUGGCGAAGUAUUUUAGAUAACUUAUAUGAACUUCUAGUGAAUGAGAUAAAUCAAAUAGGAAGUAGAGGAAAAUAUUCUUCCGGAUCUCGUAAUAUUGCUGUCAAGGAAAAUUUGAUUGAAUUAAUGGCAGAUGUUUGUCACCAGGUUUUUAAUGAAGAUACCAGAUCCUUGGAGAUUUCUCAGUCUUACACUACUUCACAAAGAGAAUCUAGAGAUUACAGUACACCUUGCAAAAGAAGGAAAAUAGAACUAGGCUGGGAAGUAAUAAAAGAUUAUCUUCAGAAAUCACAAAAUGAUUUUGAUCUUGUGCCUUGGCUACAGAUCACAACUCAGUUAAUAUCAAAGUACCCUGCAAGUUUACCUAACUGUGAAAUAUCUCCGUUACUAAUGAUACUAUACCAGCUUCUGCCUCAACAGCGACAUGGGGAACGCACACCAUAUGUUUUAAGAUGCCUUAUCGAAGUUGCAUUGUGUCAAGGCAAGAAAUCAAACCUAGAAAGCUCUCAAAAAUCAGAUUUAGUGAAGCUCUGGAUUAAAAUUUGGUCUAUUACACUUCGGGGUAUCAGUACCGAACAAAUGCAGACUGAAAACUUUGGCCUACUUGGAGCCAUUAUUCAAGGUAAUUUAGUUGAGGUUGACAGAGAAUUCUGGAAGUUAUUUACUGGAUCAGCCUGCAAACCUUCUGGUCCUUCAGUAUGCUGUUUGACUUUGGCACUGACCAACAGCAUAGUUCCAGAAACAGUAAAAAAGGGAACAGAACAAAAUAUAUAUGAUGUAAAUAGAAGUUUUACUUUAAAGGAAUCAAUAAUGAGGUGGCUGUUAUUUUAUCAGUUAGAAGAUGACUUAGAAGACAAUACAGAAUUGCCCCCAAUUCUUCAGAGUAAUUUUCCUCAUCUCAUCCUGGAGAAAAUUCUUGUGAGUCUUACAAUGAAAAACUGUAAAGCUGUAAUGAAUUUGUUUCAAAGUGCACCAGAAUGUGAGCAACACCAGAAAUGUAAAGAAGAGCCUUCAUUCUCAGAAGUAGAACAACUGUUUCUUCAAACAACUUUUGACAAGAUGGAUUUUUUAACUGUUGUGGAGGAAUAUGCUGUAGAAAAGUAUCAAUCCAGUAUUGGCUUUUCUGUUCAUCAAAACCUCAAGGAAUCAUUGGAUCGCUAUCUUCUGGGGUUAUCAGAAAGGCUUCUUAAUAGUUACUCAUCUGAGAUUACAAAUUCAGAAAUACUAGUCCGGUGUUCAAGUCUUUUGGUGGGUGUUCUUGGCUGCUAUUGUUAUACUGGUAUAGUAUCUGAAGAGGAAGCACAUAAAUCAGAAUUAUUCCAGAAAGCCAAGUCUCUAAUGCAGUGUGCAGGAGAAAGUAUCUCUCUGUUUAAAAAUAAGACAAGUGAAGAAUCUAGAAUUGGUACAUUGAGAAAUAUGAUACAUCUUUGUAUAAGUUGCUUGUGUAACUGUACCAAGCAGAAUCCAAGUAAGAUUGUAUCAGUUUUGUUCCUACGAUUGUUAACGUCAAAGCUGAUGAAUGACAUUGCAGAAAUUUGUAAAAGUUUAGCAUCCUUUAUCAGAAAGCCACUUGACCAUGGAGAAGUAGACUCAAUGAAUGAUGAUAUUGAUGAAAAUCUACAGGAGGUAGAGGAUUUGUCUUCCAUGGAUCUUUUUAAAGAUUACCCUGUUGGUAGUGUGAGUGAUGCARGUGAUUCUGGGGAGAGCCAAAGUACUGUUGGUGCCAUGAAUCCGUUAGCUGAAGAAUAUCUGUCAAAGCAAGAUCUACUACUUUUAGACAUGCUCAAGUUCUUGUGUAUGUGUGUAACCUCGUCUCAAGCCAAUCCUGUAUCAUUUAGAGCAGCUGAUAUAAGGAGAAAAUUGUUAAUGCUAAUUGAUUCUAGCAUACUAGAUCCUACUAAAUCUCUUCAUCUCCACAUGUAUCUAGUGCUUUUAAAGGAACUUCCUGGAAAAGAACAUCCUUUGCCAAUGGAAGAUGUUGUUGAACUUCUGAAGCCACUAUCCAGUGUGUGUUCUUUGCAUCGUCGUGACCAAGAUGUUUGUAAAACAAUUUUAAACCAUGUCCUUCCUAUUGUGACAAACCUAAGUCAAGGCAAUAUGGACACUGAGCACACAAGGGAUGCACAAGGACAGUUCCUUAGAGUGAUUGGAGCAUUUUGGCAUCUAACAAAGGAAAAGAAGUGUACAUUCUCUGUAAGGAUGGCACUUGUGAAGUGCCUUAAAACUCUGCUUGAGGCUGAUCCUUAUUCAAAAUGGGCUAUUCUUAAUGUAAUGGGAAAAGACUUCUCUGUAAAUGAAGUAUUUCCACAAUUUCUUGCUGAUGAACAUCACCAAGUUCGCAUGUUGGCUGCAGAGUCAAUUAAUAGAUUAUUUCAGGAUAUGAAAGGAGGAGAUUGUUCCAGGUUAUUGAAAGCACUUCCGUAYAAGCUUCAGCAGACAGCUUUUGAAAAUGCAUAUCUGAAAGCUCAAGAAGGACUAAGAGAAGUGUCCCACAGUGCUGAGAACGCUGAAUUUUUAGAUGAGAUUAAUAAUAGAAAAUCUGUUUUACUGAUGAUGAUAGCUGCGGUUUUAUACUGUAGCCCUAUCUGUGAAAAACAGGCUUUGUUUGCCCUUUGCAAAUCUGUGAAAGAGAAUGGAUUAGAACCUCACCUUGUGAAAAAGGUUUUGGAGAAAGUUUCUGAAACUUUUGGAUAUAGAAAUUUAGAAGACUUCAUGGCUUCUCAUUUAGAUUACCUGGUUUUGGAAUGGCUAAAUCUUCAAGACACUGAAUAUAGCUUAUCUUCUUUUCCUUUUAUUUUAUUGAACUACACAAAUGUUGAAGAUUUCUAUAGAUCUUGUUAUAAGGUUUUGAUUCCACAUCUGGUGAUUAGAAGUUGUUUUGAUGAGGUUAAGUCCAUUGCUAAUCAGAUUCAAGAGGAUUGGAAAAGUCUUCUGAUAGACUGCUUCCCAAAGAUUCUURUAAAUAUUCUUCCUUAUUUUGCUUACGAGGGUGUAGGAGACAGUAGGAUGGCACAACAAAGAGAGAAUGCUACCAAGGUCUAUGAUAUUCUUAAAGGGGAAAACCUACUGGGAAAACAGAUUGAUCAUUUAUUUAUUAGUAAUUUACCAGAGAUUGUGGUGGAAUUAUUGAUGUCGUUACAUGAAACAGCAGAUUCUGGUGCCAGCCAGARCACUGAUGCCUGUGACUUUUCAGGGGAUWUGGAUCCUGCUCCUAAUCCACCUUAUUUUCCAUCACAUGUGAUUAAAGCAACAUUUGCUUAUAUCAGCAAUUGUCAUAAAACCAAGUUUAAGAGCAUUUUAGAAAUUCUUUCCAGAAACCCUGAUUCCUAUCAGAAAAUUCUUCUAGCCAUAUGUGAGCAAGCAGCUGAGACAAAUAAUGUGUAUAAAAAGCACAGAGUUCUUAAAAUAUAUAAUCUGUUUGUUAGUUUAUUACUAAAAGAUAUAAAAAGUGGCUUAGGAGGAGCUUGGGCCUUUGUUCUUCGAGAUGUUAUUUAUACUUUGAUUCACUAUAUCAACAAAAGGCCUUCAAAUUUCAUGGAUGUGUCAUUACGCAGCUUCUCUCUUUGUUGUGACCUGUUAGGUCAGGUUUGCCAAACAGCAGUGACUUACUGUAAAGAUGCUUUAGAAAAGCAUCUUCAUGUUAUUGUUGGUACACUUAUACCCCUUGUGAAUGAUCAAGUGGAGGUUCAGGAGCAGGUACUGAACUUGUUGAAGUAUUUAGUGAUAGAUAACAAGGAUAAUGAAAACCUCUAUCUCACAAUUAAGCUUUUAGAUCCUUUUCCUGACCACGUUCUUUUUAAGGAUUUGCGUAUUACUCAGCAGAGUAUCAAAUACAGUAGAGGGCCUUUUUCACUUUUGGAGGAAAUUAACCAUUUUCUUGCAGUAAGUGAUUAUGAUGCGCUUCCAUUGACAAGGCUUGAAGGAUUAAAGGAUCUUCGAAGACAACUAGAACAACAUAAAGAUCAGAUGAUGGACCUUAUGAGAGCAUCUCAGGAUAACCCACAAGAUGGCAUUGUGGUAAAGCUAGUUGUCAGCUUGUUGCAGUUAUCCAAGAUGGCAGUAAACCACACUGGUGAAAGAGAAGUUUUAGAGGCUGUUGGAAGCUGUUUGGGAGAAGUUGGUCCUAUAGAUUUUUCUACCAUAGCUAUACAACAUAGCAAAGAUACAUCUUAUACCAAGGCCCUUGAGUUAUUUGAAGAUAAGGAACUUCAGUGGACAUUAGUAGUGUUGAUCUACCUGAAUAAUACAUUGGUAGAAGAAUGUGUCAGAGUUCGAUCAGCUGCUGUUACCUGUUUGAAAAACAUUUUAGCUACAAAGACUGGACAUCGUUUCUGGGAGAUUUAUAAGACGAGAGCAGAUCCCUUGCUCACCUAUCUGCAGCCUUUUAGAACAUCAAGAAAAAAGUUUUUAGAAGUACCCAGUCUUGAUAAAGAAAACCCUUUUGAACGCCUGGAUGAUUCAAGUCUUUGGAUUCCUCAAAGUGAAAAUCAUGACAUUUGGAUAAAGACAUUGACUUGUGCUUUUUUGGACAGUGGAGGCUCAAAAAGUGAAGUUCUUCAAUUAUUAAAGCCAAUGUGUGAAGUAAAAACUGACUUUUGUCAGAUCGUGCUUCCUUGCUUGAUUCAUGAUAUUUUACUUCAAGACACAAAUGAAUCAUGGAAAAUUCUGCUUUCUACACAUGUUCAAGCAUUUUUCACCAACUCUUUCAGAAACCUCUCACAAACAAGUCGAUCCACAACUCCUGCAAAUUUGGAUUCAGAGUCAGAACCAUUUUUCCGAAGCUCUUUGGAUAAAAAAUCACAAAGAACAAUGCUUGCUGUUGUAGACUACAUGAGAAGACAGAAGAGACCCUCGGCAGGAACAGUUUUUGAUGAUGCUUUCUGGCUGGAUUUGAAUUAUCUGGAGGUUGCUAAAGUAGCUCAGUCUUGUGCUGCUCACUUUACAGCAUUGCUCUAUGCAGAAAUCUAUGCAGAUAAGAAGAACAUGAAUGAUCAAGAGAAAAGAAGUCUUAUAUUUGAAGAAGGAAGCCAAAGUACAACUAUUUCUAGUUUGAGUGAAAAAAGCAAAGAAGAAACUGGAAUAAGUUUACAGGAUCUUCUAUUAGAAAUUUACAGAAGUAUAGGAGAGCCAGAUAGUCUGUAUGGCUGUGGUGGAGGGAAAAUGUUGCAACCCCUUACUAGACUACGAACAUAUGAACAUGAAGCAAUGUGGGAGAAAGCCUUAGUAACGUAUGACCUUGAGACAGCAAUCUCCCCAGUAACUCGCCAGGCAGGAAUAAUUCAGGCCUUGCAGAAUUUGGGACUCUGCCAUAUUCUUUCCAUCUACUUAAAAGGGUUAGAUCACGAAAAUACAGAGUGGUGUGCUGAACUACAGGAACUUCAUUACCAAGCAGCAUGGAGGAAUAUGCAGUGGGACCAUUACAAUUCUUUUAACAAAGGAUUAGAAGGAACCAGUUACCAUGAAUCAUUGUACAAUGCUCUGCAGUCUCUGAAAGACAGAGAAUUCUCCACAUUUUAUGAAAGUCUCAAAUAUGCCAGAAUAAAAGAAGUGGAAGAGUUGUGUAAGGGCAGUCUUGAGUCUGUGUAUUCACUGUACCCCACACUUAGUAGAUUGCAGGCCAUUGGAGAGUUAGAAAACAUUGGAGUGCUUUUCUCAAGAUCACUCACAGAUAGACAAAUCUCUGAAUUGUAUAUUAAGUGGCGUAAACACUCCCAGAUAAUUAAGGACAGUGAUUUUAGCUUUCAGGAGCCUAUCAUGGCUCUACGCACUGUUAUUUUAGAGAUCCUGAUGGAAAAACAAGUGGAGCUCUCUCAAAGAGAGUGCUUUAAGGACAUUCUCACCAAACACCUUAUAGAAUUCUCUGUUCUGGCCAGAACUUUCAAGAACACUCAGCUACCUGAAAGGGCAAUAUUUCAAAUCAAACAGUAUAAUUCAUCUGUUUGUGGUGUCUCUGAGUGGCAACUAGAAGAAGCACAAGUAUUCUGGGCAAAAAAGGAACAGAGUCUUGCCCUGAAUAUUCUCAAGCAGAUGAUUAAAAAGUUGGAUGCCAACUGCACAGAGAAUGAUCCCAACCUAAAACUUAUAUACACAGAAUGUCUGAGGGUUUGUGGCAACUGGUUGGCAGAAACUUGCCUAGAAAAUCCUGCAGUCAUCAUGCAGACCUACUUAGAAAAGGCAGUAGAAGUUGCUGGAAGUUAUGAUGGAGAAAGUAAUGAAGAGCUCAGAAAUGGAAAAAUGAAGGCAUUUCUCUCAUUAGCACGAUUCUCUGAUACUCAAUACCAAAGAAUUGAAAACUACAUGAAAUCAUCAGAAUUUGAAAACAAGCAAGCUCUCUUGAAAAGGGCCAAAGAAGAAGUGGGCCUCUUAAGGGAACAUAAAAUUCAGACCAACAGAUACACAGUAAAGGUUCAGAGAGAGCUGGAGCUGGAUGAAUGUGCGCUCCGUGCAUUGAAAGAGGAUCGUAAACGCUUCUUAUGUAAAGCAGUUGAAAAUUACAUCAACUGUUUAUUAAGUGGAGAAGAACAUGAUAUGUGGGUAUUCCGACUUUGUUCACUUUGGCUUGAAAAUUCUGGAGUUUCUGAAGUCAAUGGCAUGAUGAAGAGAGAUGGAAUGAAGAUUUCAUCAUAUAAAUUUUUGCCUCUUAUGUACCAAUUGGCUGCUAGAAUGGGGACCAAAAUGAUGGGAGGCCUAGGAUUUCAUGAAGUCCUCAAUAAUCUCAUCUCUAGGAUUUCAAUGGAUCACCCCCAUCAUACUUUGUUUAUUAUAUUGGCCUUAGCAAAUGCAAACAAAGAUGAAUUUUUGACCAAACCAGAGACAACAAGAAGGAGUCGAGUAACUAAAAAUGCACCUAAACAAAGCUCUCAGCUUGAUGAGGAUCGAACAGAGGCUGCAAACAAAAUAAUAUGUACUAUCAGAAGUAAGAGACCUCAGAUGAUCAAGAAUAUUGAGGCACUUUGUGAUGCUUAUAUUAUAUUAGCAAACUUAGAUGCCACUCAGUGGAAAACUCAGAGAAAAGGCAUCAAUAUUCCAGCAGACCAACCAAUUACCAAACUUAAGAAUUUAGAAGAUGUUAUUGUUCCUACUAUGGAAAUUAAGGUGGAUCCCACUGGAGAAUAUGGAAAUCUAGUGACUGUUCAGUCAUUUAAAACAGAAUUUCGUUUAGCAGGAGGUUUAAAUUUACCAAAAAUAAUAGAUUGUGUAGGCUCUGAUGGCAAGGAAAGGAGACAGCUUGUCAAGGGCCGUGAUGACCUGAGACAAGAUGCUGUCAUGCAGCAGGUUUUCCAGAUGUGUAAUACAUUACUGCAGAGAAACACUGAAACUAGGAAGAGGAAAUUGACUAUCUGUACAUAUAAGGUGGUUCCCCUCUCUCAGCGAAGUGGUGUUCUUGAGUGGUGCACAGGAACUGUCCCUAUUGGUGAAUUUCUUGUUAACAAUGAAGAUGGGGCUCACAAAAGAUAUAGGCCAAAUGAUUUCAGUGCUUUUCAAUGCCAAAAGAAAAUGAUGGAAGUACAAAGGAGGUCAUUUGAAGAGAAAUACGAGAUCUUCAUGAAUAUUUGCCAAAAUUUUCAACCAGUUUUUCGUUACUUCUGCAUGGAAAAAUUCUUGGACCCAGCUGUUUGGUUUGAGAAACGACUGGCUUAUACACGCAGUGUGGCCACUUCUUCUAUUGUUGGUUACAUCCUUGGACUUGGUGAUAGACAUGUACAGAAUAUCUUGAUAAAUGAGCAGUCAGCAGAACUUGUGCAUAUAGAUUUAGGGGUUGCUUUUGAACAGGGUAAAAUCCUUCCUACUCCUGAAACAGUUCCAUUUAGACUCACCAGAGAUAUUGUGGAUGGCAUGGGCAUUACUGGUGUUGAAGGGGUCUUCAGAAGAUGCUGUGAGAAAACCAUGGAAGUUAUGAGAAAUUCUCAGGAAACUCUGCUAACCAUUGUAGAGGUUCUCUUGUAUGAUCCACUCUUUGACUGGACCAUGAAUCCUUUGAAAGCUCUGUAUUUACAGCAGAGGCCAGAAGAUGAAACUGAGCUACACACCACUCCAAAUGCGGAUGACCGAGAAAGCAAACGAGAUCUUAGUGAUAUUGACCAAAGUUUCAACAAAGUGGCAGAACGUGUCUUGAUGAGAUUGCAAGAGAAACUGAAAGGAGUGGAAGAAGGCACCGUGCUCAGUGUGGGUGGACAAGUGAAUUUGCUCAUACAGCAGGCUAUGGACCCCAAAAAUCUCAGCCGACUUUUCCCAGGAUGGAAAGCUUGGGUGUGAUCUUCAGUAUAUGAAAUACUCCUUGAAUUCAACCUUUAGAAAUUGUAUUUCAGCUUUCAUUUUCAACCCAUUCACAGUCUUUAAGUGGGGAUUAAUAUUUAAGUGAACAACUGUGUUUUUGAAAAAAAAAAAUGUUUUCUGCUUGAUUCAUUCAUCACCCAAAGAUGCUGUGAUAGUGUCCAGGAAGCUAUUUGCUUUCACACAUUAAAAAUGACUGUUAUUCUUGCCCUACUUAUUGGCUAAAUUUUUAUUUCUUCUCAAUAGCAUAGUCAUGGCAUUUUCAAUGGAAUCCAUGAUUUAUCCAUUAGCUGAGAAUGAUGAAACAGCAGAACAAUGGUUGUUCCUUUGGUAUAGAUUAUAACAAAAAUACUGCUAUUUUAAGGUGGCUUUUAGUUAAAACUUAUUUCCCAGAUAUUACAUAUAUGUAUGUGAUAGUUUUCUAUAAAAGGGGGAAAACUCUAAAAUUGUAACCAUGGUAAAGCUACAUUAAAAAUAAGAAUAUAGGACUGGGAGUGUGACUCAGUGAUAGAGAGGUUCCCUGAGAGGAUGAGGGAGGGACAAAGGAUAUUGAAAACAAAGUAGUGCAGGUUGAGCAUUCCUAAUCUGAAAAUCCAAAACAAAAUGUGUCAGUGACACAGACCUCUCUAACUUUACCCAGAAUUUUCUGAGUGUCAUUUUGGUGGAUUUUCAUAUUAGGGAUGCUCAGCUCAGAGUUUAUACAGAUACUUCAAAGUCAGAAAUACUUCUGGUUCCAAGCAUUUUGAAUAAGGGAUAUUCAGUCUGUAUUCUAAAAAUGUGUUUGUAUUUUCAGUAUGGUCACCUAGAGUUACAAAAUAAUAAAAAUGUCACCGAGAAAUUCAAAGACAUGGUUAGUGUAGUUACUAUUUUUUAAAUAUAUAUAUACAUAAAAUGUAUAUAUUUCCCUAUUCUAAAACUUAAGUCAGACUUCAAGAUUAGAAUAGACUAGUCUUACAAUUUAGAAAGCUAGUAUACUGGUUUGAAAUAUAUUGUUCCAUUUCAAAUGUUUUAAUUGCACCUUAAUGAAAUUAUGUAGUUUUGUUUUAAUACUACUAAAUGU